CUCUGAAUGUGGUGGUGGACUUUUACACCCUGUCUAAAUAACCACUGGGGCAUAUCGGUGACUGCAAACAGUGAAAGUCACGCUGGUCUGGUAGGUGCUCCGGUUUAGAAGUUAGGGCGCUUGGAUGCUGAUAAAAGAAAUGUCCUACUGCCGUAAAGAAGGGAAAGACAUAAUAAUAUUCGCGACAGAAGACGAUUUGUCCAGUCCCAGUACGGUCACACUUCUACCGGAUAACCCCAGCGAUGUAGAUACCAGCCAUGAAGGUGCAAUACUUCCGAAUGGAGAUAUAAACUGGGAUUGUCCAUGUCUUGGAAAUCUACCAAAUGGACCUUGUGGCCCCUCAUUUCGUGAAGCUUUCACAUGUUGGGUGGAAAAUCGAGACGACCAAGAUUCUUUUGCGGAAAAAUGUUUUGAUAACUUUUCUAAAUGGGAAGAUUGUUUAUCAGAAAAUAGAGACAUUUAUAAACCAUCAUCUUCAAAGCAAAAUGACAAUGACGAUAAUUUAAAUAUUGAAGCUAAUGCUUUAAAUGAGACUGAAAUUGAGAACUCAAAUGGUUCAGAAACGGUUAAUAUGAAGACCGAAAACAGACCUGCUAUUGCUGCUGCAUAUAUCGGAGAUUCUAAAGAAAAAUGAGUUUAUUUGCGAGAUAAAAAAAACCAUAACGCAAGUUUGAUUGGUAUUUUCUGGAAUACUUUUGUUACAUUUUUUUUAUACGAUUCCACAAGUGAGUGAAUGCUUUCAAAGUGCAGUUUCCCCACUAAGGGCUGUUCUCAUCUAUUAUUAAACAUAACUGAAUUGUGGCCGCUGGGUCCUAAGUGCUUUUCAGCGGUACUCUCACAUGAACAAAUGCUAGUCCAACCUUUUGCGACUACUGCUUCUUUCUAACAAAAUAAUAAAGUCUCAUUACCCAGUUGAAAGAAAAUUAUAUAUUUGAAAAACAACAAA